AUGAAAAAGGUGGAAUCGAGGUCAAGGGAUGAAAUCAGCUUCCUUCCAGAUGAGAUACUUGCACAUAUCUUGUCCUUCCUCCCCACGAAACGAGCUGCUUCCACAUCAAUCCUCUCCAGACGAUGGAGGAACCUGUUCACACUAAUGAUUCGUAUCUUUGCAUCUCAACACCAUCUCAUAUUUGACGAUACAGAUUUGCUUCAUCCCGGGAAAACAUAUCACAUGAGAGAAGUUGCUUGGAAGAAUUUUAGGGCUCUCGUUGAGACCACACUGUCUCUACUACAACUACAACAACAACAAGACGGUAAUCGCAAUAACUCGUUAAAGAAAUUGUCAUUGAUAUAUACAGAUGGGAUACCAUCUCUACAAGUGUCUACCGUCUUCACAAGCAAGACACUGGUGAAGCUUACAUUAGAAACAGCGCUUCGUAUUGGAGAUGUUCCUACAGGGAAGUUUAUGCUUCUAGGCUUUGAUCACUGGGGUGGCAAUGGUGGUUUUCCCUUGUUUGGAAAUCUCGUUAAACUAUCUUUCGAAUGUAAAACCAAAAGGGGUUCGAAAGUUCUUUGGAGCCUGAUCAAAAACUCUCCAAAGCUAGAAACUUUGAUUCUCAAGGGCUUUUGUUAUAUAAGAAGAAAUCGCGAGAAUAUUAAUGAUGCAAAUGUAGUGAAGGUGCUGGAGAUUCGUGGGUACAAAGGAACUGGUAGAGAAGUGAUUCAAGUGAAAAGUUUCUUGUGGGAGCUUGAGUUUCUUCAAGUAAUGAAAGUACAAGUUGAUGAGAAGAUAGAUGAUGACAAGAAGUUGCAACUCACCAAAAGACGUUCUAGCUCUACCUAA